CAGGACAUGACAGAGUGCCAUUAAAAAAUAAGUAAAAGCUCUUAAGUUUCUAAAUUGACACUGGUCGGAAGAAUCUGAUGAUUAUCUUGCUAUGAGAUUAAUAAUGAAAUUUUCAGUGGCAUUGUUUGAGUAAUCAGUGCAAGCUGAGCUCUUUCCCUGAAUGAAUCCAAGUAACCCCAGUGAUUGCCUUCUGAAAUGACCAGCAGACACACUUCUGUCCAGAGGCUGUCCAGAGUAUAAAUUCUGAUUCUGAAGUACCAUGUCCAGCCGAGGAAGUCCCGGUGUGGAGUUUUCUACGACGACAGUCAGUUCAGUAGCUGUUCAGGCCGGAGACUCCAAAAUUGUUAUAGCUGUCGUAAAGUGUGGCGAGUGGGUACAACUUCAAUUGGCUGAAUCACAGCCCAAUCUUCUAGAAAUUGGUAGCAGUCAAGAUGAGACCAAAAAACUUCUUCAUGAUCAUGAACUUCUUUUGGCCAAGCUCAAGGCUUUGGAAGAUCAGGUGUGGGAACUCUUGCAGGAAGCAGACAAGACAGCUGAAGAGAACAAGGAUCAGAGUCAAGUCUAUGAUGCCAUGGCCAACACCUUGGGUGAAGCAUGGACAGCGCUUGUCUCUAUGCUUGAAAAAAGAAGGGAGCUCCUCAGGUUGACCUCUGAAUUUUUUGAAAAUGCCUUGGAGUUUGCUAUUAAAAUAGACCAAGCUGAAGAUUUCCUCCAGAACACCCAGGAGUUUGAGAGUGCCGAGUCCUUAAAAUCCCUUCUGCAGCUUCAUGAAAAUCAUACCAAAGAACUCUUAGAACGAUCUCUAGCCCUUUUAAACAAAAGUCAACAACUCACUGACUUCAUAGAAAAAUUCAAGUGUGAUGGACCUAAUGUGAAUUCUGAGUUGAUUCAGGGAGCUCAUAACAGCUGUCUGAAGAUUGACAGCCUUCUUGAGCUUCUACAAGAUAGGAGACGGCAACUAGACAAGGGUCUGAAGCAACAGCAGCAAGAACUGGGUCGGGUUCUGAAGAUAUGUCAGUGGGACCAGCAAGAAAAUCAGGUUACUUGUUGGUUUCAGAAAACCAUAAAAGAUUUGCAGGAACAAAGUCUGGGCUCAUCACUUUCAGAUAAUGAGGAACUAAUCUGUAAGCAUGAGGAAUUGAUAAUAAAAGCAAAGGAAUGGAAUUCUGCUGUUGAGAAGCUAAAGAGUGAUGCGCUUGGGAUUCUGCUGUCCAAGGACUACGUGGAGAAGGAACAUCUACAGCUCUCUAACCAGAAACUGGAUCAGCUUCAAGGAGAAUUUGGUCGGCUCAUGGUGGAAAGGAAAACUUGGUUAAAAAAGGCAAAUGUUUUUUUUAACAGUGCCAAUAAGGCAUUUGAUGUACUUGGAAGAGUUGAAGCUUACCUUAAGCUCCUUAGAUCAGAGGGUUUAAGUCUGCCUGUCUUGGCAGCAAGGCAUGAGGAAUUACACAGAGAAAUUAAAGACUGCACAGCUGAUGCUUUGCAAGAGGGACAAGCCUUAAUCAGCCAAGUAGACUCCUGUAGCUCUCAGAUAACCGGAGUCCAUGAGAUGAUGGGAUGCAUUCAGAGACGAGUGGACCAUCUGACCAAACAGUGUUCAGCGCACAAGGAAUUUGCUCUUAAGAAACAGCAAUUAACUGCCUCAGUGGAGGGCCACCUGAAGAAGGUGGAAACGUCAAUUCAGAAAAUCAGUCCAGUACUUUCCAAUGCAAUGGAUGUCGGUUCCAGCCUUUCUGAAUCAGGGAAGAUUUUGAGUAAAUAUUUGGAACUAGAUAUUCAAGCUAAGGAGACAGCACAAGAAUUAGAAGCAGCUACAAAACUUAUGACAGAGAAAAAUGAAUUUGAACCUGACGAAGUGGCAUUGCUUUCUUCUAAAGCUAAAUGGCUGGAGGAAGAAUUAAAAAUACUUGGGCGAAGCAUCAGCUCCAGGUCACAAGUCCUGCAAACUUAUGUGGCAUUUCUAAAGUCAUCAGAGGAGCUAGAGGAGCAGUGUCAGAGCCUAAAGGAGUUUUACCAAACUGAAAUCCCACGGAAGGAAGAGGAUGAUGCUGAAUCCAAGCGUCAGUUUGACUCAGCUGAAAAGCAGUGGCAGCUAUUUUUAAACAGGAGCUUUUUAACUCAAGACCUAGGGCUUGAGUUCCUUAAUUUAAUUAAUAUGGCAAAAAAGAAUGAAAUACUAAAUGUGAAAAAUGAAGUGCACUUUAUGGAGAACACUAUGGAAAGCCAGAAGGCAGAAAGAGAAGAACUCAGCCACCUUCGGAUGACAUGGCAACUUAAAGCCACAGCAAGCAAACCUGUGAAACAGCAGUGGGGAGCAUUCAAAGAACAACUUAGAAAGACCACUUACAACUUAAAACUUCUUCAGGAAGCACUUAUGCCUGUGUCUGCACUUGACCUUGGAGGGAGCCUCCAGACCAUUUUAGGUCUACAGAAAAAAUGGAGUGAAAUGAAGCCUCACCUCCAGCAACUGAACGUUGAAGUUCAAUACAUUGUAAAAGAAUCAGAAGAGUUAACUGGCAAAGGAGCCCCUGUUAGAGAGAAGUCUCAACAACUGAAGGAGCUUAUUCACCUCCAUCAAAAACAGCAAGAGAGAAUCCAAGAUUAUGAGGAUAUCCUGUACAAAGUAGUCCAAUUCCAUCAAGUUAAGGAAAAGCUGGGUCAUCUCAUCAAAUCAAGAGAAAUGGAGUUUUUAGAACAGCCAAAGGAGCUGGAGGAUGGCCACGAAGCCCAGGUUCAGCUCAGUCGCUCUCAGGAGAAGCAGGCACAUAUUGAGCAGCUCCAUAAACUGGCCCUUUCCCUGGGAGUGGACAUCAUCUCUUCAGUACAGCGACCUAACUGCUCUAACAUUUCUGCCAAGAACCUGCAGCAGCAGCUGGACAUCCUUGAGGGGGAUGGUGUGAACUUGCGUGCCAAAGCCGAGGAGUAUGAACGGACCCUGAUCCACUGCUUGGAGUACUGCACCACAAGGGACAAUAUAAAUGAGCUCAAAGAGUCAUUCAAAGAUAUAAAAAAGAAAUUCAACAAUUUGAAGUUUAAUUACACUAAGAAAAAUGAAAAAGCUCGGAAUCUGAAGGCUCUUAAAUAUCAAAUUCAACAAGUUGAUGUGUAUGCUGAAAAAAUACAGGCUUUGAAAAUGAAAAUGGGAAAAGUUGAGAAUAAAACUUCUUAUUCUCUCUUAAAUUAUCCAACUAAUAAAGUGAAUGUCCUUUUGGAAACCAUGAAAGAUUUGCAAAAACAUGUGGAUGAGUUUGAAAAAGUUGUGACAGAUUACAAGAUGAAUUUGGACCUGACUGAACGUCUCCAGGAAAUGAUAGAAGAGUGUCACUUUUGGUAUGAAGACGCAAGUGCCACAGUUGUAAGAGUUGGAAAAUACUCUACAGAGUGCAAGACAAAGGAAGCUGUGGAAAUUCUCCACCAGCAGUUCAAUAAGUAUAUCAUGCCCUCAGUGCCUCAGCAAGAAGAAAGGAUUCAGGAGAUCAGUGACCUAGCCCAGCGCUUAUAUGGUUUUGAAGAAGGGCAGAAAUAUGCUGAGAAAAUAGUGGCAAAACACAAAGAGGUUCUUGAAUCUAUCACUGAAUUAUGCAUCUCUCUCACAGAGCUUGAAGAAAAGCUGAAGCAGGGAGACAUUUUAAAAAUGAAUCUGAAUUUGGAAGAUCUCCAUGAUGACUUUGUUGACCUGCUAAAAGAACCAGCAAGAAAUAAGCAGACACUAUUCAAUGAAGAAAGAAAUAAGGAGAAGGCGCAGGUAGAAGAUAUUUUGACUGUCAAUGGAACAGGAGAGGGUCAGCUCCCACAGCACCUGACGCAGCUGCUCUCUGACAAAGAGGAUGCUGUCCAAGGCCAUCUCCUGCCUCCAGACAUGCUUUCGGGAGAAGAAUAUGAGUGUGUCUCACCUGAUGACAUCUCCUUGCCUCCACUCCCGGAAAGCCCUGAUUCCCCCCUUGCCCCUGCUGACAUGGAAGUGGAGGGGCGGUCUAGCCCUCCCUGCAGCCUUCCCAUGAGCAACUACAGGAUGCAGACAGGGGCCAGCUGUCCAGGAGAGGCCCAGGAAUCUGGCAUCCCACCACCUGCUGCUUUUGCUGAUGCUUACAAUGAUAAGAGAGAAACAUUUUCAAGUCAUUUUGAGAGGCCCUCUCCCCAGUUCAAAGCUGAAGUCCCAUUAACCUCCCAAGGAAUUUUGGAAAAAAGUACUGCCUUCUGCAAAAUCAGUGCUAAACAUCCAGAGAGCAUGCUGAGUGAAGUGCAUGAGAGAGCUUUACAACAGCACCCUCAGGCUCAGGGAAGUUUGCUAGAAACAUGGGAGAAAGUGCAUGCUGAUAACAAUGUCACUAAAACCCAAGACAGGCUGCAUGCUUCCCAGGAUGCAUUCUCAGGCCUUGGGUUUCGAUCAGGCUCCAACCAGGCCUAUCAAAGGCAAACGGUCCCCCAAGAGGAGAUUAAAUGUACAUCAGCAAAGAACACCGUGGUCAGCCUCGCUGGCCAGGCACCUAAUUUCUCCAGGCUUCAGUCUAAUGUAACUGUCAUGGAAGGUUCUCCAGUGACUUUGGAAGUUGAAGUGACAGGAUUUCCAGAGCCUACACUGACAUGGUACAAGAAGGGCCAGAAAUUGUCUGCAGAUGGGCACUUACAGGUUUUACACAAGGAGACAAGACAUUCGGUGUUCAUUCCGAAGGCAUGCGAGGCAGACGCAGGCCUCUAUGUGGCUCAGGCCCAAAACUCUAAUGGCAUUCUCUCUUCCAAUGUCAUCCUCCACGUGACAGGUAACCACAGGCCGCCAAUCACAAGAAUAAACUGGAUAACGCUGUGUGUCGUCUAUAUUAGUGUGUCCCUAAUGUACUGGGUACUCACACAGUAACUGUGGGGUUAGCACUCCUGGAUGUCAUUCUCAUGAGCCUAAAGAACAAUGCUAUGGUUGUUUAUUUUCCUGUAUCUCCCACAGAACAUCCUCCAUGAAGUGUACCCCCAUUCUGGUCAUGUUGUUUGUUCAGCUAAUCCCACUGCUCAGUGAAAUAAUCACAUUUUCUUUAGUGUUUUAGUAUAUUUGAAGACGUUGGUAAAUUAUUAGCAGUGGAUAAGCAUACAUUUUUGUAUUCUAGAGAGAUGUGUUCAAGACAAAAGCACAGUAAAAUACACUAUGUUUAUUCCCUCCCAGUUUAAAAGCAUGUAUAUUAAGGUUCACUUCAGUAGAAAGAUGUGAGUUAAAUUUCAAAUUCAAUUGUUUCAUAAUUUUUUUAAGUUUAUUUAUUUUUAAAGAGAGAGAGAGGGAGAGCAGGGAGGGGCAGAGAGAGAGGUGGAGAAAGAGAGAGAAUCCUAAGCAGGCUCCAUACUGUCAGUGCAGAGCUGGACACAGGGCUUGAACUCACAAACCAUGACAUGAUGACCUGAACUGAAACCAAGAGUCAGAUACUUAACUGACUGAGCCACCAAGACACCCCCAAUAACUUGUUUUUAAUUGUGGUCAUAAACAUCUCUUUGUAGAAUAACAGUAGAAAUAUUGAAGUUGUGGUUUUCAUUAUUGCAUAAGCUGUCCUUUCAUUUUGUUUUAUGUCUUUAUCUCAUUUAUUGAAAUACACUCUAUAUAGUUUUAACCUAGCCUUCCUUCCUAAGUCUGGGGAGGCCAUCAUAAAUAAUCAUUCCUCAUGCUGAUCUCAUGGGUUUCACAGUGGAGAAUAGAUGUGCUGUUAACUUCAAAUGAAGUUUCAAACUUCCAUCAGCUGUACAUGUCAUAGAGCAAAAUGGAGCACAGGCUGCAGAUGGACCAACAUAAUUCCUGUCAUGCCACUGUCACCUUUUGGGUAGCCAUGUAUAUACACCAGCAACCUGCUCUUCCUGCUUCUAAUCUUGAUUCUUCAACUGAGUAUUUUUGCAGCUUGUGGUAUAGACAUCUCAAUGCCUCAGUUUCCCAUUUGGAAAAUGGGUUCAUCAUCUACCUCUUGGGCAAUUGAGCAUUUUUGUUUCAUGUCUUGUAAACAUUUGGAAAUGGAAAGCAUUCUAUGAAGGCUAAACGUAAUUAUAUUGGUUGAUGUAAUUUAUCAUCACACUGCCUCCUGUCCACUCUUCUCUUUCAGAUGCUAUUUCUUUAGGAUAUUAAAGCAAUAAUAUUAGUCUGUGAUUUCCAAGCUUUCCCGUGUGGGAUGUUGAUGGUUUAUGAAUUGGAAGUCAAAUUCCUUUCUAAUUUUGUAAGACUAUAUCUUAUUCAAAGACUUGAAAUUAACCAUAGUAGGAUGCAUUUAGUAUGAUAAAAGGGAAAAAGAAGAGUGUAAUAAGACAACAUAAGGUGAAUUCUAUCCUUCUAAUUAUCACUGUAAUACUGAAGAAUGCUCUAUACAUUUCUGAAAUAUAUCAUUCAGAAAAGAGGGUCUUUUUCUGGUUCCUUUUAAAAAUAAACAUGAAUGAGAGAGGCAUUUGUUUUUAAAUUUUAAACAUAGUCUUGUCAUGGUAGGGUAAAAUCAUUGGUUGAAAGAAUAAUUUAUUACAUAUUUUAAUGAAGAGAAGGAAUUAAUUAUGUUGCUGCAAGACUGUCUACAAUAAUAAUAUUUAAAUGUAAUAUAUUCAAGUUAAUAUUAAAAAGUUACCGAAGGUUAUCUGAAGACAUGAAAUGUGUGGUUGUGUAAAGCUGACAUAUUUUUCCUAUGUAUUCAAUUUAAUUAAAAAAUUAAAUCACUUAAUUUUCUUCCAAAUUUUGACAGAAAUCUAUUAAAAGCUUAUAUAUAACAUCCUAGGGAAUCUUUGGUCCAGUUUCACAUAUUUUUCAUUCUUGCCUAACUGCUGCUCCCAUGUUGAAGCUAAAUAGUAAAAUCUAUUCAUGUCCAAAGAGGGUGGUCAGGACCAGGUAACAAAUUCUUCUCCCACUCUAUGUCUCUUUCCUGUUAAUUCAGUAAGAUCUCCCUUCCCACUUUGUCAUCUUGAUGAAAUUUGUGGCUUAAGGUUAUUAGGGCAUGGAAAUAGCUGAUUUGCUUUACCUGUUGCAUGCCACUUAAAGGCUAAUCCUUUGAGGAUUGUAUAUCCAUGAUGUAUGACUAAAUAAGGUAUAAAAACCUCUGAUACAUUUGAUGUAUAUAUACCAAAUAUAACAUGUAUUUGAUAUAUAUUUCAAAUGUAUGUGUAUACAUACACAUAUAUGUACACACACAUAGAGCCCAAAUAUUGGGAAAAAGCAUUACACUGAUAUUCAAGAUAUAUAGGUCAAGAUAUAUAGUUCAGCUAGCUAUCUGUAUAUCAGUCUAUCUGUCCAACCAUUCAUCUAUCCAACCAUCCAUCCAUCCAUCCAUCCAUACAUCCAAGUAUUCAUCUAUCUACCUACCUACCUAUUACUUACCUACCUACCUAUCUACCUACCUACCUACCUACCUAUUCUUUUGCGCUAUUGAUUGACUAUCUAGUAAUUCCAGCAGCAGUGAACAAUAAUUAACUAUUCAAUUAUUCUUCCAGCUAUAUUUUAAUUUCAAAGACUUACAUGUGAUUUUCUUUUUGCCUGGAUUUCUGUCUUGAUAAAAGAAUUCUCCCUAUGCAAGUGUGAACUAAACUUAUUGAUUAAAAAUGAAAAACCUGGGAAAUUCAAGUGAUGUUUCUAUUUAAAAAUAUAUACAUUUAUACCCAUUUACUUUAGAGAAAAUUCUGGACAGUUAGUAAUACCAAAACACUUUUCAACAAGAAAAUAUAAAUGACAAGGAAGAUUAAAAGGAACAUAUACUUGACACCUUAAAGGAAUGCAGAACAAAAUGAAUUUGAGUUUCCUAUGAGGCAUGAUAACUGAGCUUUCCAGUUCUGAUUUUCUAAUAAAAAGUGUAUAAACAUUUGGUGGUAAAAUUUUUUUCAUACUCAAUUCAAAGAAAAAUUUAUGCAGGAAUCCUUACAUUCAGAUCUCUACACAUUCUAAAAUUUCUAAAAUCUUUGGGAAAAUGAAGCAGUAAACAAUUAGUUAUCUCAUUCAAUAAUGCUAACCAUCACUUAUAAUCAAGAUGCAGCCUUAAAAUAGAUGACUGCAAGAAUCUUCUAACUACUUCACUCAAGUUUUAAUUUCUUCAAGUGGUGCACAAGGCCUUUUAGUACCUGGCCCCCCCUCCAACCUCUAUUCCAUCGCUUCUGAUCCCCCCACAUGGUGACAUUUUACUUUAGGUUUUUAACCUAUCAUGUUCUUUCUUCUCUCUGUCCUUUCUUCCCAGAACUCCUUCCUAUAUGCUCACCUAUCUUCAUGUGGCUUAACUACUGCAUAUCCUUCUUGGUCCAUUUGAGAUACAACUUCCCCCAGGAAGCCUUCUGACCCAUCAAGUCCAGUGUAGAUGUUCCUGCUAUGUGUGCUGUCAGAACCUGAGCUGCCCAUGUCAUGUCCCUUGAUACAUAAUACUGAAAUUGAAUGUUUGAGCAUCCGUCUCCUCUGUGACAGCCCUGUUCAUCACUAUAUUCCCAGCACCUAAGACAUAGUCAUAUUCAAUAAAUAUUUCUUGAAUUAUUAGAGGCCAACAAAAAUACACUCAACUUGUUUUUUUCUUUUUCUGGAGAGAGGGGGUGGAGGAAUGUGAAAAGAGAAAGAUAUAUUUGUUACUUGAUUAUUACUUUUUAUUAUGUCCAUUGACCAAUCAGAAUCAGGUUCUAGUCAUGAAGUAUGUAGGCAUACUACAAUGACUAUGUCCAAAAUGCCAAAACCUCAAUUUAUGUACUUCUUUCAACACCCCACAAAUUAUCAGUAUCUUAUUGUAGUAAUCAAUAGUUUCAGUAAUCUGGCUGUAUACAGAUUUUACUUAAAACCAACAUUUCAUUGAUAUGUGUAAAUUUUAAAAGAACCAAAUUCAAGGAUUUUGAUUAAUUGAUUUCCAAAUGAAUGAAGGCAAAAAUAUUGUACCUUGUUCCACUUGUUUUUGUUUUAUUUGUGACUAUUCCCUACUAGAAAUUGCCAUCUGAAGUUUUUGACAUUCCUGUUGUAUGUACUUUGUUUUAAGUCUGUCCAUGAAACAGUUAUUUGAAACAAAAUAAAAUAUAUGCUCCUAGUAUGCUCUGAUAUUGUGCAUGUCAAUGCAAAUGCCAAAGCAUAACACACUGUUUUCCAUUAGCAGAAUCUUGAGCUGUAUUAGCCAAAAGAUUUGCUUUCACUAAAUGAAAUAGUGUCCUCCUUAAAGCAACAACAAUUCAUUUUCUCUGCUCUCAUUACAUGAGAUGAGAUUUGAAUGUUAUCAGCUGUGUAUGAAUUCAACCUUAAAAUGGAAAGCACAAAGCUGCUAAUUUGGCCUUUAUCCAUGAAUCCCCACACCACUGUUCCUUGUGUUGGUGAGUGUUUAUAUAACAUCAGCUACCCAAGCAUCAGGGGUGGAAGUUGGAUGCAUGACAUUCCUCCAGAUGAACAAAUCUUUGAUUCUGGAGUUUGGCCAGAUCUUUCUUCUGUUCAAUGGCAAUUUCAUUUGUAUAAGCCAGGACCUGGCAAAUCCAAUUCUUUGUAUCCUCCUUUUUAUAUUAUAAAAUUAACACCUAUUCUCCUUAAGGAACAAGGGAGUAGGAAGAGCUGUAUGGACAAGAAUGUUUGUGUACAUAUAGUUCCAAUUAGCACAGUAAAGACUGGCUGAAACUGAAACAUAUUUUAACCAGAGGAGUAGCUGGAAAACCUUUAUCCAACCUGAUCUUUCUUUAAAUCAGAAGAAUAAUAGUUAUAUACUUUAAUGUUUUCAAUCUGUAUUCAGAUGGCUCCCUGAUAUGGCUUUUUUCCAUUUAGGACCCACUUAAAUAUCAAUACUUGUGAAAUAACAGCUCCAGAGCUAGCUAAUGAAAUAAACUUUUCCCUUUGACAUUCAACAACUGUUCUUUUCCAAGAACCUUAUUGAUCCAACAACUACAAAAUGGUAUUUUUAUCUCAUGUUAGCAUUAAAAAUCAUAUAAUGAAAUCUCCUGAAGAUAAAAAUUCAAAGGAUGAAAUAUAUAAAGAAGUAUAACUUAUUCAUGGUGAAUAGUCUCUAACCCAUAUUAUUCUCAUGAUGCCAGAGAACCUUUCUUUGUAGUAUUAUGCAAACCCACAUGCAAACAAGCUGUUGGCAAACAGGGCCACUGUAAAUGCAGACAAAGUAGGAAACCAGUUACCUGGCAGGAUCAGAAAGGCUAAAAUUCCCAUCUGCUCCAAAGUGUCUUCCCUAGCCACCAUUGCCAUGCUGACUCUCAGAUUUAAUUUAAUUUUGACUAAAAUUAAUGCAGCUCUAGAAGAUGCCUCUUAAAAUGAGUAUUUAUCAUUUCUAUUACUCUUAAAGGAGUAAAAGAAUUUCUCAUCAUAUCCUGGUCUGGGUUAUCAGAUUAAAUACAAUUGUUUCCCCUACCAAAAAAAUAAAUAAAUUCUUCUGAGGAACUGGGAUAUGUGGGAGCCUGAAUGAGUUGUAUGUUACGUUCUACUAAGUGUUGGGAAAUGUAGGACAGGAAGGGAAAAAUAGCCAAACAUCAGGGUGAGGAAACUGAAUGUCAGCUGGGGGUUUCAUCCUCACUCUCAAUGUGAAUUUCCUAUAGAUUCAGGAAAUGUAUGUGGGGAGACCCCUAGGGGAGAUGAGGCCACAAUAAAAUGUGUCUGCAUGACAUUUUUUGUUACCCAAUUAGAGGACUGUACUGAGUUGAAUAGCAUCAGGGUGACCCUAAAUCCAGUGACUGGUGUUCUUAUAAGAAGACCAUAACAGACAUGGAGACAAAGGAGGCACACAGGAAAGGGCCAUGUGAUAAAAGCAGAGAUUGGUGGCAUUGUCAGCCUCUUCAAGUUCUGGAACACCAGAGAUUGCAACCGCAAGGAACAAGAAGUAAUAAACUAUUCUUCCCUAGAGACUUUGCAGAGAACAUGGUCCUACUGAAGCCUUGAUUUUGGACUUCUAGCCCUCAGAACUGAGAAAGAAUAAAUUUCUGUCAUUUUAAGCUACCCUGUGGUUUUUUGUCAUAGCAGACUCAGGAAGCAAUACCAGGACCAUGCUCUAGAAAAGUCUAUUCAAGUCUUUCUCUGGUGAAAAAAUUCCCAGAGACAUUCAUUAAUAGACACCAACCAGCCUUUCAAACCAGCACUCCCAGGUGUUCUAGAAGGCCUCAGUUCUCUUCUUAAUUUGGGGGAUCACCUUGACACAUUUUAAUCAGUGAACAACUAUAUUCAUCCUCUAUGUGAACAUUGCCCACCAUGUGCACCAUAGCACUAGGGGUUCUAAAGGAAGCAAGAGUCCUUCAAGACAAGUCCUAAUGAAUUUACUACUUGCUUGAACAAGUAGUUGCAAGAACAAGAACAAGAAAAAUUGGCUACUUGUUUGAACAACUAUUUGCAAGAACAAGAAAAAGAAAAAACAAGGUAGUAUGUAAUCAAAGUGAGGAAAAAAUGGCCUCCAGGUAGGGGAGAAGACAAAGGGAAGCUGUGGUUAGAAAUGUGAGCCAAUAUACGAAAGUGUAGUGUGACACAGUGUAAAGAAGACAGAAGUUCAAUAAAUGGGACUACUCACACCUAAGUAUUAGGAUAUAUACGAUCUAAAAGAGCACUGUCAAUCAAUUAGAUCCAAUUGACAUUUAUAAAAUAGUGUAUUCACCAAUAGCAGAAUACACAUUCUUCUUAAGCUCACAUGGAACAUUCACCAAGAUACCACAUUCUUGGCCGUAAAACACACCUCACUUAAAUUUAAAAGAAUAGUAAUCAUACAAAGCAUGUUCUUAGACCAUAACGGGAUUAAACUAGAAAUCAGAAAGAUAGCUAGAAAAUCUCCAAAUAUUUGGAAAUUAAACAUACUUCUAAUAACACAUGGGUCAAAAAUAAAUCUUAAGGGAAAUGUUUAAAUAUUUUGGAGUACAUAAAAAUGCAUCAAUAUAAGGGAGGCAAACCAUAGAGACUCUUAAACAUAGAGAACAAACUAAGGAUUGCUGGAGUGGUGGCGGAAUGGGCUAAGUGGGUGAUGGGCAUUAAGAUGGGCUUGUUAGGAUGACACUGGGUGUUAUAUAUAAGUGAUGAAUCAAUAAAUUCUACUCCUGAAAUCAUUAUUUCACUAUACGUUAACUAACUUGGAUUUAAAUAAAAUUAAAAAAUUUAAAAAAUGCAUCGUACUGAUCCUUGGAUAUUAAAAACCUAUUAAGGGAAUACUACAAGAAACUGCCCACAAAUUUGAUAACUGAGAUGAAAUGGAUCAAUUCCUUGAAAUAUUUAAACUACCAAAACUCACAGAAGCAGAAAGAGACAACAUGAAUCACAUCUAUAUCUAUUUAAGAUAUUAAAACAAUAGUUACUAGACUUCCAAAAAAAUAAAGUACUAUGCCCAGAUGGUUUCACUGGUAAAUCUACAAAAUAAGGAAGAAAUAAUACCAAUUCACCAAAAUCUCUUUAAGAAAUAGAAGUAGGGAGAAUAGUUAUAACUCAUUCUAUGAGAUCUGAAUUACCCUAAUACGAAAACGGAUAAAGAUAUUAAAGGAAAACUAUAGCCAAUAUCUCUCAUGAAUAUAGACAUAAACAUUCUCAACACAAUACUAAUAAAUCAAAUACAACAAUGAAUAAAUCAGAUUUCUUACACAAGUGCAAUUUGGUCCAUGUAUGCAAGGCUGGUCCAGUAUUCAAAAAUCAAUCAAUAUAAUCUGCCACAUAUACAGGCAAAAGAAGAAAAAUUACAUGCUUAUGUCUGUCAGUUGAUUCAGGAAAAACAUUUGAGAAAAUCCAACAUGUGUUCAUGAUAAUUUAAAAAGAAAAAACCUCUCAGAAAACUAGAAACAGAAGAAACCUCCUCAACUUGAUAAAUAUCUACAAAAAUCCUAUAACUAACAUCAUACUUAAUGGUAAGAGACUAGACAUUUUGCCCCUAAGAUUGGGAAGAAGGUAAGAGUGUCUUCUCACAACUCUUAUUCAAUGUUGUACUGGAAUUCCUAGCCAGUGAAUAAGAUAAGAAAAGGAAAUAAAAGUUUUACAAGUUGGAAAAGAAGAAAUAAAACUAUAUUUGCAGGUAUCAUGAUUUUCUAGGUAGAAAAUCCCAGUGAAUCUACCAAAAGCUCUUGGAAUCAAUAAGUAAACAGAGCAAGUUUAUCAGAAGCAGAAGGUCUGCAACAACUGCAUCCAGGAGAAAGACAAGGAGUUAGCAAUUAAUGAAUCACAGUGAAUCAGGCAUCUUCAGAGGCAGGGGCAAGGGCAGGCAACAUGAAUUUGUCCCUUUUCCACAAAUUUGUUACAGACAACAUGGAUACUUGUCAUCUACUUGCAACACUUCACAUUUGAUUGUUCUUACAGCUUUCUAUGAUAUUUAGGAGAUUUCAAAAGAGAUAUAUUAUUUGAAGGAGAUGAUGCUCACCAGGGCAAGGGGAUACUUGAUAUGGAACAUAAAUCAAAUGUGAUCAUUUGCUGGCCAUUGUCAUUAUCAACAGACCAAGAGAGAAAAAUUAGAAAGACAUUGUAGUUAUAACAUUGUAAGGCUGAGCUUUCUCGAACAAUAACAAUUUUAAUACUAGAAGAAAAGGAGUCCUUUUGGCCUCUGACAUCAAAUCCCAGAGUGGAUGAUUUAUCAGCUAGUACUCUGCUGCUCUACAAGAACGAAUGUAUCUUUCAUGGAUUAGUACUUUCCUAUCAGCAAGGAUGUGCUCAUGCUACUAGUAUACUUCUAAGAUUUUUUGAUAGAAACCAGACGUAAAAUAUGUCAGACAUUGUAUCAUACUUUUAAAAAUAAUCAGUUCCAUAAAGUAUCUUGGUCUAUUAAUUAAUUAAAGGAUAGAAUAC